CUCCCAAUGGCAACCAUCGAAGCCCAGGACCUCAGAGAAAGAAUUGGGCGCUUUCGAGUUCUGAUCAUGGGGAGAGCAAACGCAGGCAAAACGACCAUCCUUCAGAAGGUCUGCAACACCACGGAUCAACCAGAAAUUUACGAUACUAAAGGAAAGAAGAUUGAUACUACCAUCGUGGAAUCCUCAAUCAAGCGCGGAAAUCACGAUAUCGCGAACGAAAUGGUAUUCAAAAGCAAUCCCGGUUUUGUAUUUCACGACUCCUGCAGUUUCGAAGCGGGAUCUGAAGAAGAAUUCAAGAAUAUGAAGAAGUUUAUCUCAGAACGGGCACAUGCGACAAAAUUGGAGGAGCGAAUUCACACCAUCUGGUAUUGUAUUCCGAUGGACGAGCAUUGUCGAACAUUCCAGCGGUCAGAAGAGAAGUUCUUCCGGGAGUGCGACACUGGGCACGUUCCUGUGGUCGUGGUGUUCACUAAAUUCGAAGCUCUACGUCCCGUCGCAUUUGGAGAAAUGAAGAAGCAACUAAAAGGAGUAUCGGGAGAAGAACGCUCAAAGAGGAUUGCCGAGCGCGUCGAGGAACUUUUACUAAGACAGGAGUCUUGGAUCAGUUGCGCAACCCCGAAAACCGUGCGCGUCCCAAGGCCUAUGUACGCUUGCAGGGUAAGCGGUUCAGUUUUGAUUUGUCCCAUGUCAAAGUUGACAUUAGCAACCGUGCUAGAAAUGAACAAAACGGAUGCAAACUGCAACACUCUACUGGAACACACCACUUUUGCACUAGACAACGAAGAACUGCGGUUAUGCUUGGUGUCGACACAAAUAUCAAACAUGGAGCUUUGCAUCAAGUGUGCCAUCGCGUGA